CGAGAGCGAGGAUGACGCACCUCCCGGGUCACGUAAGCAGCCGCCGAGCCUUUCCCCCUGCUCGGGAGAGCCGUCGGCGAACGAAGACCACGACAGCGCCAUCUCCCGACACUCGGGGAAACAACCAGCACCCCCUCCCUUCAGGACGCGCAAGAUGGAGCCGAGCCAGCGGCAAAACGCGCGCGGCGCGCCGCGUGCCGCGAAACCUGCCGUGGAACCGGUUUUGUCUGCCGCGCAGAGGAUGGGGCGAGGACCCAUUUUCGGCGGCUUGCCGCGUGCCGCGAAACAAUGAGAAACGUCCGGGCUUUCUCCUAAGCGCCACCUCUUGGCCACUGCCGAAGUUACUUCCAGUGGCGGCGGCGGAACCACGAUCGACGACCGAGCCAGCCGCGACUGCUUUAUGUGCAUCCACGUGUUCGUGUGCAUCCACGGUAAAAAAUGAAUUUGAACCGGCAGAAUAUGAUGGAGCAAUUUCCAGAGACUGUUCGCUUGUUCCCCUUUCUAUAUGAUAAAACCCAUCCGGAUUAUAAAGACAAGGACGCCAAAAUGAACCGGUGGGUGAUCAUCGGCAAAACAUUCGAUCUGACUGGACCGCAAGCAGCCGCAAAAUUUAAAAAUGUGAAAGAUCGAUGGCUGAAAAUUGUGUCGGAGGGGGCCCGGAAAAGUGGCGCCGGAGGAGAGGCCGCAAAGGUCCACACGAAGUGGCCACUUUUUGACAUCGUGGAUGGCAUGCUGAGGCACACGCCACAUUAUGCGGAAAGGUCUUCAUCAAAUGUGCCCCCAGAAGAGGACGUCUCCAUUCCGCCAUCUCCUGUGUCAUUGAACAGCCCUUCCAGUCCGAGUCUGGUGGCCAGCUGUAUAUCAAGCCCGGCUGCUAUGCUUUUUCAAGAAAUGUACACUGAGACCCCCAAUGAUUUUACUGAUGAAGACGAAUUGAGGCUCCCCAGCACAUCAGAAGGUGCGGCAUCUGCUGCUGGCUCUUCAGGGUUGUCACCUUCACAAGCAGGAGCCGCUGCCCCAGAUCCAGGGUCUGCCAAAAGGAGAGCAGCCAAUGGACGUUCCUCUAGGACCAAAAGAAGGCAGUCUGACAGCUUCGACGAAGCAGUGAAAGAUGUCUUGGGCAGCUGCUCAGCUACGCUGUUGGAACUAAAAAAAAGAAAUGCCUGCACCGACAGAUGACAGUGAGGAUGCAGCAAAUUGGAUAGCUGCUAAGCUGAGGAUGCUACCAAAUAAAAAAAGAUGUGAGGUGACAUUCAAGAUCCACAAGCUGCUGUAUGAAGCCGAAAUG